AUGCCGCUCGGGGAUCCGGUGGAUCCGCGGCGGUGCACGGCUGCUGCUGAUCCUGCUGCUGCUGCUGCUGCUGCUGCUGCUGCUGCUGCUGCUGGAGAGAGCCUUCUAGACGCCAUCAUGGUGGCCCACGCGUUCACGGACCAUAUACCUAUGCACCUACCGAGACACGCUCCUCGAGGCAUCCCCGUGCAUCCCCUCGGAAACCCGGUGAUCGACACGCCGCAGGGGGGAUCUCGCGCGGACCUCGCUCCGGGGGCAGAGGCCGAGCCUCCUGUCAAGAGGCUGGCGCUGCGGCUGCAUGGAUUUGCCGAUAUCAGCUUGGGCGCUCAGCUGAGCAUGGGUGCUCACAUUGGGCUGAGUGUACAACGGCCAUUGCAAGCGAGGGACUGGAUUGGUACGCCCGAUGAGCUCAAGGAGGGGGGUAGGGUGGUCAGCUGGUGCAGGAUCGCAAGGACAUAA